CUCUCUCUCGUCAUCUCCGUCCGAGCAGAGUCGCGCUGCCUCGCAUGGACCCGAGAUUUUAACAUCGCAUCAACACUCUCUCAGCAGUUGUUCCCUUUCGGAAAGACAAAAGAGAAGUUUGAUCAGGUGUAUCUCUAUCUCUUCAGCAGGAUCUUGCGUAUGUGUUUUAGUAAAAGAACGAAGACAGCAGUUGGUUUGAGGAUCGCAGACGAGUGCCAUCCCACGAGUUCUUCGCAAAAGACUUCUUGAGGAAUAAUGAGGAACAUUUGGAUAUUCCUGACACUUUCAGCAGCUGUCUGCUUGUCCGGCGACAAGGUACUGGUCUCUGGUAAGUCCACUGCCUUAAAUGAUGACAUCUAUUUGGAUGACCAGCAGUCUGGUGACUAUCCUUUAGAUGAUGAUGACUUCACUUCUGGUUCAGGAUCUGGUUCUAGUGACACAGAUGAUGAUGAAGACACUUCCACGGUAAUUGUGCGGUACCCAGAAUUCAAAGCAGGGUCCACUCAGGAGCCCGUCUACAGCAGCAGCCCCAGCUUGGAGUCAUCCAUCAGCAUAGACACAUUCAUUGAUUCAGACUUCGGACCAGAGAUCUCUGUCUAUCAGACAGAAAAGCCUCAGGUCACUGUUGAAGCCACCAGCUCACCGAGUGCUGUACAAGAUGCUGACCCGCUUCAUGAGGUUCGCACAGAAAAUCUCUUCCAAAGGACAGAAGUGUUGGCAGCUGUUAUAGCCGGCGGAGUGAUUGGCUUCCUGUUUGCCAUCUUCCUCAUCCUCCUUCUGGUUUACCGUAUGAGAAAGAAGGACGAAGGGAGCUACGACCUUGGAGAGCGCAAGCCUCCUAGCUCUGCCUACCAGAAGGCUCAGAGUAAAGAGUUCUACGCCUGAAUGACCAAUCAUUGCCAACAUUAACAUUGUUAUGACAACCAACUCCUCUAGAAGAGUAAUGGUGGAUCUGUAGCUCAUCAAGGGGACACAUUUUUAUGGGGGAACCUUUACUUAUUUGAAAAUGUAACAUAAAGUCAUUUUGCUUCAGAACGCCAACCGGGGCUUGUACAGUAUUUUCUUUUUUUGGAAUCAAAAACAUCAAAGAUUGUUUCUCUAUGGUUUUUGAAAACAGUUGUCAGUGGAUGAAGGUAAAUCAUUGCUCACAGGUUUUAGUCAUUGACUAGUUUGUAACAGUAGAGGUACGUUUUAUUAAAGAACAAGACAAAUCCAGGGUAUAAAUCCUGGGUUAAAUCUGAUACCUUUAAUUUCCCACUGAUUACAUUUCAGUAACAUAUCUCAGUGUGGACUUUAGAAGUAACUUAAUUUUCAUCUCAUCAUUUUUGUAAAGGGUUUUUUCUCCCUUUGAUUGUGCCAUUAUGUUCUUUAGUCAAAAUGAAUGUUUGUAUUUCCAUCUGGCUGAUAUCGAAUCACUUAAAGAUCACAUUUUUAGUUUUUUUUUUUUUUUUGGAAUGUUUAAAUGUAUUUUGUUAUAUCAUGUUUCUUAUGUAGUCGGUUCAGUGUUAAGUCCCUGAAAGUUCAAAUUCUAAUUUGCCUGAAGCCAAGAACACAUUGUUCUAUACUUGUACUCGUUUAUUUUCUCUCUUUUCAGGUCAAACACUCAUGCAGGUUAAAGGCUCUUAGUAAAAUCAGUUGUACUUGAAUGCACUUGGCUGAAAGUCUGCAGCAUUACAAUUCAUAAAAUUGCAGUAAUUUACUUAAAUGAUUAAAAUAACUUAAAUGAUAAAAUAAGUUUGUAUUGCACAAAACAGCUGAUCAAGGUCAAGAACGUUUUGUUUGUUGAAACUAUUCCCACUUACCCAAUGCUUGAAAAAAAAGAAAGAAAUGUCAUUAGAAUAA